AUGGAAGCGCUUAAAGAUCCAUCUAGUGAAUUAAAAAUUGUGGUGGCUACGAGUGCCUUGGGCAUGGGAGUUGACCUUGUAGGAUUUUACAAUGUCAUUUUGUAUGGAUGCCCCAAAUCUAUUGUAGACCUUGUUCAAGAAAUAGGCCGUGUGGGGCGUGAUGGACAGUGUUCAACAGCAUUACUCUUACAUAAUUCUUAUCACAUGAUUGGUGUUGAGAAAGAAGUGAAAGAAGUCUAUAAAGCUGGUAAAAGUACCAGUAACACAACCAAUACAAUAAACUACUCCUGUAGACGUGUUGCAAUGCUGGCACCAUUUCAUAAAGCAGCAGAAUUGUCGCAGCUAAAAGAAGUGGAACCAGUUCAUUCCUGUUGUGAUUUGUGUUACAGCAUAUGUCAAUGUGUAUCAUGUUCUCAAACACGCAUUGAAAAAUUGUUUCACUUUACUUUAGAGGACUUGUCUGCGGAGGAGGAAGAGGAGGAGACUGACGAAUACACUGAAUCAUAUGAGAGUUCUGACAAUGAAGACAUUGAUAAUUUGCUUUUAGACAUUAACCUGGAUUGA